UUUACGAUUUGACGCGAGAGGUCCUCGUGGUUUCUUUAGUCGCUCUUAACCUCGUUGAUCAAUUACUGCAAGAUAAAAAUUUCACGACAAUUAUUUAGCACGAAUAUACGAAAUACCGAUUGCAAUACUAAGAAGACAAAAAAGUGACAAAAUGAGUUUAAAUCCGACCACAAAACAAAGAAUAGCCAUUGUUUUGGACGUAAGCAAAUUUGUGUUUCAGUGGGGCUUUAUUCCCGCCGUCCUCUUUUUAGGAUUCAGAAAAGGUGCAGACCCAGGCAUGCCUGAAUUAACUCUUAUGAACUUAUUGUGGCAGUAAAUUCUCUCUUCUUUUCAUUAAAAAAAAUUAUAUGUAUUAUGUAUGUUAUAUAAAAUACAUUAAUUGAAGACUAUUAUGUGAUUGUUUCCCCCAUACAAUCAGAGUAAUGGAUUGUAUUGUAUUGAAUAAAUAUUAAGA